AUAGAAAACAUUUUCACUUUAAAUCGGUUUGUUAAUAAACACUGCAAUAUUCUUGAACGAGCUAGCAAGUAGAUCGGAAAUGAACAUAAAGUUUGUUUGUAAUUAGUGCAGUGUAGCUUAUUCCCAGUUAUCAUCCCAGUAAACUUCCAGAGGGAUUUCUAUAGUCUAUAAAGCCUAUACACUGCUAGGAGAAUUUAUGAGGAGAAGUUGAGCUGAAACAGAGCAUACUACUUAUAAGCUGCAAUCUUGUGUAGCAUUAGCUGGAUAGCUUCUCAUACACUCUGUGUUUCUUCAUUUGUUGCUUGUUGGUGUGUUAGUAGAAAGCCACUGAUACUGAAACUGGAUAUAUAUAUAUAUGAUUAUACACAGCACUUUUGUAGCAUCUUGUGGAUUAUCAGGAAGACAGUUCAAGGCUGUAAGAGCAUUAUUUUGUAAUAUUGGAACAUUAAAAAGCUCGGAUCUGCUAGCCAUACAACUGAGCUAUUAGUAGUAUUGCUAAAUAUUGGAUUAAAAUAGUCAAGGAUACACGGAAACAGUAAACGAGAUGCCUGUUGUAAGUAGCCGCACAACGACCGUGACGUCCCAUAGCACAGGGACUGCUGUCCAUGCCAUUAGCUUCCGUGGCUUGGCCGGGGGUAUCUUUUUCUGCAUUGCCAUCGCCCUUGUAUUAUAUGUGGUCGGAUUUUCGACCACAGCUUGGAUUGUUACGCGUUAUGACGAUGAGGGACUUUGGGAGAGGUGUAGAUGUGAUUUGAACGGACGUGAUGACGGAUGGUUUCGUGCUACACAGGCAAUGAUCUGCAUUGGUCUCCUAGGUCUUAUCAUUAGUCUCAUCUGUAUCUUCAUCUACAUGUGUGUCCAUUCUGUUAGCAAGAACCAAACACUACUGGCUCUGACCAUAGUCUGUUUCAUCACAGUGGCAUUUAUGGCUAUAGGCUUUGUGGUGUUUGGAGCAAAUGUGAAAUCAAACGUCUCCUGGUCGUUUGUUUUGUGCGUCGUAGGUGGGAUCUUCACCCUCAUUGCAGGGAUCCUUUCUGCUGUCCAGAUGAGACAAUCUGGCGUCAGUGUCUAAAUAGAACAUUUGCUAGAUGACAUCAAACAAUACUAGAGACAGCUGGUGGAAAAUGUGUGAUAUCAAAGAUAGUGCUGACUUAGCAGGGAUGAUUAAAAAAUACACAUACACACAAAAUGUCUGACAUCAUAAAAGGAAUGCAACUUAUACAUAGCACAUAAAAAAUUGAAUUUUUGAACUUAACAUAGCUAUUGAAGUCUCUAAUAUGUAUGAUUCAGUCGAAAAACUUCACCAAUCCAUUGGUCAUCUGAAUUGCAUGAGAACUUGGGUAAAUUGGAGUACUUCGAUGUUGUAGAUGCAAUUAUUUUAGUAAACCACUAUUUGCUAAAUUGAACACUCAGAAAAUUCAAAAAGUAAAUUAAUUAAAAAAUUUAUUUUAGGUCACAUUGUACAAUUAACAAUGCAGUUAAUGUUGGACAUUACAAACAUAUGUUACAUAUUGACUUGCAUAGGUGCAUGUCGUAACAUACUGCAGGCUGAGUCUACAUGUAUUAAACAAAAUUAAAAGUGAUAUUAAGGCCAGUCAAUUUUUAGUUUU